AGGAACAUGUGUUCACAGAUAUUCGAUAAAAAAGGGAACUAUCCAUCUCUCGUCGUUAUUGGCUGCGGUAGCCACACCCACCUUAUCCAAAAUCUCCUCUUUCCCUAAAAAUAAAGCUACCUUUUCUGCUUCUCCUUUCUUGAGUCCAUCCACUUCUGUUGCAUCCUUCAAACUCAAUUUUCACAGCAAGAGAAAUGGCGACAGCAGCGGUACCAGCUGUGAUUUCAUGGACAAGAACGGGAAUUGCGUACAAGUCCGGACAGACACAGAGGAAAUCUGAGAUGAAAGUUUCUUACAUAAGAGGACUAAAUUCUUAUGGCGGUCUCAAGGCACAGAACAACAAGGUUGUCUCGAUGGGAUUACCACUCUGCACAGAUCAGUGCUUUGCCAAUGUUGUGAUGUCUCUCAAGGGAAGAACAAGCGGUGGAGGAGCCAUAACCUCAACUUGUAACGCCGUUGGAGAGAUUUUCAAAAUUGCAGCAAUCAUGAACGCCCUUACUCUUGUUGGUGUUGCCGUUGGAUUCGUUCUCCUUCGAAUUGAGGCUUCUGUUGAAGAAGCUGAGUAAAUAGAGUGAAUCCAUUUUCUCAUCUUAUAUAUAUAUAUUUUGUUGUUGUUGUUGUUGUCAAGCUUCAGUAAACUUGGAUGCAUAUGUUACAUUUCUUCGUAGAUGAUAUUCGGAAUCCAUGACCUCCAUUUCUCAUAUAA